GGCUGGUCUGGGAGGAAGGGGGGCCGUUGCAGCCAGAACAUGGAUUUCCGUGGCUUGGAUUUCAGAGAUCUGGUGCUAGAUCGGCCAUACGUCCCCCAAAGCACUCUGGAGUCUGAUUUCCCCACUCCGCUGUACAGCGAUGAGUACCUAAUGUUGAGGGGGCCCCACAAUGCCCCUGUCAUCAAAGAGGCCGUACGCUGGAAGUUCACCCCCAUGGGCUGGGAUGCCAUCCCUCAGACCUGGUACACGGGCCUCACCAACUGCCCCAACCGCAAAGCCUGGUAUACCCUCACCAACGGCAUCAGCCGGGAAGCCUACCACCGCUGGUACAAGUCCCAUGCCAAGCGAGAAAAGAAGCUGCCAGUUGCGUACGCCCAGCAUUUGCGGGAGAGCAGCUGGUAUGACCCGAUUGUCCCUGCUCAGUAUUUGAAACCUGAUACUCGCUGGGGAGCUUUUCUGUGGCAAGACAAACCCAUUCCUGGGAAAGAAUAUGUCAUCAACCGCAAUCGCUGUGCCAAAGACCUGCCUGGGAAGCCGGGCUAUGUCCCGUUUCUGUCUCUGCACACGCCCGCCUUCACCACCAAGGACUGCCGCACCUGGAGAAUGUUCAGCCACCAGCCCUCCACCAACAACCAAUAAAACCUUUCCCAGAAUA